GUCUCAGAGCAAUGGCUUUAGAAUCGGCGACCUCUAACGGUACAACUGAUGAAAACCAUCCAGAAGAAAAAGACGAGCGGAAAAAAGGAUGGUUAUUUAAGAAAACUCACUACACCAAGCGCUGGAAAAUGAUGUGGUUUCAUGUCAGAGAUGGACAGCUUGUCUAUGGUUUUAAUGAAAAGUCCGCCGAAAAGGCCAUUAAUCUGGUUGGAGCAAAGGUGGAGAUGCUGGAGGGUGAUGGGACAUUUGGCUGGACCGUCACACCAAAGGACAGUAAACGCACUUUCAUGCUGCGGGCAAACACUGCAGAGGAGCAGCAGGUGUGGAUGAGCGCCAUAUGUGAGGCACAGCUCAGUUCUGAAGAGCACAACUCCAAUGCAUGUGUUGUGCAAUAACAUUGUUUUCCUGGCUAUAUAGCUCUACUUUUUUAAUUGUUUCUGAAAAUGGACAAAAGCCAAAUUUCAU